UGAAAGGCGCGACCGGAAGUGCGGGUGUCGCGUGCGGUUUUGACACUAACGGAUCGCCGCUCGGCUCGGUCCGUCCCGGUUGUCCUGUUUCCUCGCUGCGGCGGAGGAAUACGAUGCGGAGCGGCGGCCCGAACCAGCGCAGAACCGAACCAGGACCGAGCUCACGGAACACGCGGUCCGGCCCGGCUCUGACGGCAUGGCGGCGCGGAGCAGCCGCUGAGAGCCGCAGCUAGCCGGCGGCUAACGGCGCGAUGGCCGCCGACGGAACGAUCCGCAGCCGCAUCAAGAGCCUGCUGCGCUCCCCGUCCAUCAAACUGCGGCGGAGCGGCACCGGUGCGCGGCACCGACGCGAGCUCAGCGACAAGGUGACCUUGGAGAAGGUUCUGGGAAUCACAGCACCGGGGAACCGAGCGCUGGCCUGUGACCCCCGGAGUGGACUGGUGGCGUAUCCAGCAGGGUGUGUGGUCGUGCUGCUGAAUCCACGGAAGAACAAACAGUAUCACAUCUUCAACAGCUCCAGGAAGGCAAUCACGACGCUGGCGUUUUCACCGGAUGGGAAGUAUGUGGUCACAGGAGAGAGUGGUCACAUGCCGGCGGUCCGGGUCUGGGAGGUGUCAGAGCACAUUCAGGUGUGCGAGCUGCAGGAACAUAAAUAUGGCGUUGCGUGCGUGGCGUUCUCUCCAAAUGGGAAGUACAUCGUCAGCGUGGGCUACCAGCACGACAUGGUGGUCAACGUGUGGAACUGGAAGAAAAACGUAGUUGUGGCGUCCAAUAAGGUGUCCAGCAAAGUGACCGCCGUCUCCUUCUCGGAUGACAGCUCCUACUUCGUUACCGCCGGAAACCGACACGUCAAGUUCUGGUACCUGGACCACGCCAAGACCUGCAAGGUGAACGCCACCGUGCCCCUGCUCGGGCGCUCGGGGCUGCUCGGCGAGCUCAGGAAUAACUUCUUCAGCGAUGUGGCAUGUGGGCGGGGCAGACAGGCCGCCUCCACCUUCUGCAUCACCUCCUCCGGCCUGCUGUGCGAGUUCAACGACCGGCGGCUCCUCGACAAGUGGGUGGAGUUACGGACGUCUCAGGCCACCUGCCUGUGCGUCACUGACGACUUCAUCUUCUGUGGUUGCUCCGAUGGGACGGUUCGAGCCUUCAGCCCCGCCAACCUGCACUUCCUGUGUACUCUGCCCCGCCCACACUGCCUCGGCGUUGAUGUCGCCAGUAUGGUGGAAGCCAGUCAGCUGUUCUCCUGCAGGCCGGAGUCUCGUUACCCGGACACCGUCGCGGUGACCUACGACCCCGCCAACCGCUGGCUGUCGUGUGUCUACAACGACCACAGCGUUUAUGUUUGGGACAUCCGCGACCUCCGUGACCCCCGCAGGGCGGGAAAACUUUACUCCGCUCUCUAUCACUCGUCCUGUGUGUGGAGCCUGGAGGUCUACCCCGAGGGUGGAGGAGAAAAAGGAGGAGGUGGUAAAACGUCCCUUCCCCACGGCUCCUUCCUGUCCUGCUCCUCAGAUAACACCGUCCGACUGUGGAGCAUCGACGGUCACAGCGCCCUCCACAGGAACAUCCUGAGCAACGACCUGCAGAAGGUCGUGUAUGUGGACGACAACAUAACUGGCCUCCUGGACACGGAGAGCGUCAGCAUCGCUGCGGGUACAGAGAAGGCGGGGUCAUCAGGGAUGGAGGGGCAGCAGGUGGACCAGAGCAGGGCGGGCAUUAGGACCCUGAGAGUCAGCCCCGAUGGACAUCACCUGGCCUCUGGAGAUCGCACGGGGAUCCUCAGGAUCCACGACCUGGACGGCAUGGAGGAAAUUCUGAACGUUCAGGCUCACGACUCGGACAUCCUCUGCCUCGAGUUCUCCAAACCAGACACAGGUCUCCAGUUAUUAGCCACGGCCGGCCGGGACCGUCUGAUCCACGUCCUGGAUGCGGGCAGAGAUUACAGCCUGGUUCAGACUCUGGAUGAGCACUCGUCCUCCAUCACUGCCGUCAGAUUUGCUGCCAAUGAGGGGAAAGUGAGGAUGAUCAGCUGCGGCGCUGAUAAAAGCGUCUACUUUCGCACAGCUCAGCAGACAGGGGAGGGAUUGGAAUUCACGCGGACGCAUCACGCCGUCAGGAAGACGACGCUGUACGACAUGGACGUUGAGCCAACCGGGACCUACGCAGCGGUGGGCUGUCAGGACCGCAGCAUCAGGAUCUUUAACAUCAGUAACGGGAAACAGAAGAAGCUCUACAAAGGCUCUCAGGGCGAAGACGGGACGCUCAUUAAGGUACAGAUAGACCCGUCGGGGCUCUUCAUCGCCACCUCCUGCUCAGACAAGAACAUUGGCAUCUUCGACCUGUACUCAGGAGAGUGCGUGGCCACCAUGUUCGGACACUCGGAGAUCAUAACGGGGUUAAAGUUCAGCAACGACUGUAGACACCUGAUCACCGUGUCAGGAGACAGCUGUAUCUUCGUGUGGCGUCUGAGUCCAGAGCUCACCAUCAGGAUGAGGCAGCGUCUCGCUGACCUUCGACCCCCCUGCAGCAAUCCCAGUUCCCAGAGUGCACCUCAGCAGAGAGCCGGGAAGCUCAGGGAGGCGUCGACGGCUCCUGUGGUCACCAUGUCGUCUGACAGUGACAAGGAGGAGGAAGAGGGGGAGGAGCUUGGCUGUCCAUACACGGACACAGCAGGAAGUGUGGAACAGGAAACGGAGGCGUCUGAUGAGGCGUACAGCAGCAGGAAGCAGGAUGGGGGCUUAACUGUGGCACGACUCCCUCGCCGGCGCUGGUCCAAGAGGACAUGCGACACUGACGGGGUCCUGAUGGUGAAGUCCAUGUUGGACCUGAGACUGCUGGACUCAUUCCGCCCCGACAAGCAGGCGGAGACACGCCCACUUGAUGUUAGCCACUCCCACUGCAGCGGGACGAGGAAGGGUCAAGCUGAGGAGGAGCUUCACAGGACCAAUCAGGAGCUUGGCAGCACCAUCAGCCUGCAGGUUUCCAGUGUACACAGACCAGAGUUUAUACUCCUGUCCAAUCAGAGCGCAGACAGAGAGAACCCAGUGCUGUAUCCGGACCAAUGGGAGGACAGAGCGAGCCUGGCAGGCAGUGAGUUCCAGGUGAAGGAGGCGUGUCCUGCUGCUGCUGGUGCACGGCAGGACAAACCGAGUCCCGACAGCGGCUGCUCGCUGGGAUUCAGCUCCAGACUGUCGAGUCCCAACAGACCUGCAGGAUACGACUCGGAGCCCACAGAGCCUCUCAGCAUGGACGGAAACUCCUCCGAGCUGGAGCUGGAGGUGGAGGAGGACGAGGAGGAGGACAAAGGACCAGGUGGUGGGGAGUGCAGAAAACGCGUACCCCAGACUCCCGACCAGGAGGCGUUCCUGAAGGAGCACUUUGUGAUGCUCGCCGAACUUUCUGCCUCAGGAAGUCCAAGCAGAGCGUCUCACAGCUCCAGUGAGAGUCUGAGCAUCUCGUCCAGGUUCCUCACCCAAAGCACAGCCACAAGCCGGACCGUGCUUCCUCUCCCAUCUCGGACCUUGGGGGCUGGCGCGGGGGAGCCAAAAGCUCGUCCGCUGGUCUCCGAGGUCCGACCUCUGAUGGAAGAGAGCGGGCAGGACGGGAAGGUGUCGUGGACCCAGGACCAAGCCCAAAAACAGAACCAGGCUCAGGCCACUUCAUUUCAGGACCAAGCCCAGCCUCCUCAGGGUUCAAACCAGCUCCAGAUCCUGGAGGAGGAGACCCCCUUGACCCAGCAGGUCCACCGACCCUCCCCGCUCAAGAAGGCCCAAACUGCAGUGGAGUCCAGGAGGAACCAGGGACCGACAGCCCGAGCUGCCGCCUCCCACCUGAACUCUGCUGGACUUCGAAAGGCUCAGUCAGUCCACAGCCUGCUGACUGACACAGGUGACUCCACCAUCUCCCAGAUGACCUCUCGUCCCCUCAGAGAGGAGGUGCCCCCUCAGCUGCUCCUUCCCCCUGAGCGUCCCGUCUCCCUUCCCUGCGCCCCCAGACGCCCCCAUCUACAGCACCGCCCCUUCAGAGACCAAGCCCUGCCUCCCCGAGGUCCCCAUCACAGGAAACUGCUGCCGCUCUGGCCGCCGCCGCUCUGGCCGCCACCACCCCGAGGAAGUCUUCGUCAUCCUCCCUGUGCAUCGGGACCGCGCUCCUACAUGAGCCCUACCGCCAGCUCCAUGGCUAAGAUGUCCCGUUCCGUCUCCGUGGGCGAUGGCCUUAACGUCCCCGAACCCACUGAUGACCUGGCAGUGACAUCACCAACUCCUUCCUCUCAAAUCAAAGAAACUCCACCUCCUGUUGUCGCUGUGGUUCCCUCUGUUACUCUGGCCACGCCCCCUCACGCAGCUGUGGUCCCAGUUGUCGUCUCUUCGUCUUCCUCCUCGUUUCUGGGGAACCAUGGUAACCAGAUGCCCCCACCCACCCGCUGUCUCCAGGCUCGUGUCACCAGUAGCAGCAGGCCGCUUCCUGACAAACCCUCCCUCCUCCCUUUCUCAACUUCCUCAAAGUCCACGGCGUCCUCAUCCCCCUCGCAGCUUCCUCCGGUGUCUGUCUCCCCCCUAACUCCCGCACGACAGGAAGCGGGGCGUCAUGCUCCUGCAGACGGUGGCGCCGGGCAGAUGGACGACGCAGACGAGCCAAUCAGUGUGGAGAGCUGCAGGGCUCUGACCAAUGAGCUGCAGAGCUGCUUUAAGAGAGCGACGCACCUGUACAGGAGAGUGAGCAGCUUCUCCUCAGAUGAGUCCGCCCCCGACCAGCACCAGAUGUCUCUCGUCCUAUCAGAGGCCUUCCAGGCGAUGAAGGUGGAGCUCGACGCCCUGCCACUCGGCAUGCUGGCAGCGGAGGGGGGGCUGGAAGGUGUGGGGGAGGUGAAGACAGCGGCGCUUCUGGAGGAAUACUCACUGCUCCUCCUGCAGGCGGUCCACAGGAGGAUCAACAGCAGCACCUGAGCCCCGCCCCCUCCUGAAGGAUCUGAAGCCAUUUUGUUUUUAAACUGAUGCAAUGAUCUUCCUCGUUUUUAUCAAAGACAUUUCUCUUUCCUCCGACUUCCUGGUGGCCGUCAAUCUGAAGGAGUGAUCGGAUUAUUGAUCGCUGUUAGACUGUAGAGACACUUUUCACCGAGCGCAGAGCAAUACCACACUUUGUGAUCUGAUGCUACAACUUUGUAUUUAUUAUGAUGAGCUGUUACACUACUGACUCCGCCCCCUCGCCUCACACUGACCGGCACGUUUUGAAGCCCUGGUGUUGCCACGGUCGUACAUUUUGAUAUCUUCGGGUGUUUGUGGGGAUAAAUUUGUAGUUUGAAACGUUUUCAUGUUUUUGUCAUGUUUAAUAAAAGUUUCAGACUCGC